AUGUCUUCUCCGACUCCACCUCAAGACACCUCUCUGGAAAAACCUACUUCUGAGGACAUUACUCCAAAAACUGAUUGCCCGGAAGACUUAACCAAGGCAUCUACUAAUGAGUCAGAAGAGACUCCAACUCAGCAAUCGGAGCAAAUUACUGAAAACGUUGUCGCCGGACAAAACGAUAAUGAGGAAGCGUUAGACAUGUCGAUUGGAAAGAAGGAUCAGGUUGAGCCAAUGGAAAUCUCUGAAGAAGGAAACGAUAACCAAAAAGAAGAGUCCAAAAUGAAUGAGCCGACCAAAGAUGUGGACACUAAAGAAAUUAAGUCGGAUGAGAAAACUUCUGGUGAAAAGGAAACAAAAACUGAAAAGGACAUCCAGAAAGCUGAUGGUGAAAUUUCGAAAAAUAUUCAAGAUGCUGGUAAGAAUACUGAACCAGAAAAGACUGAUGAGUUCGAGAAUAAAGUGGAAACUGAGAAAAGAACAGAAGGAGAAGCUGCGUCUGAAAAAAGCAAAGAAGAAGUUGUAAAGACAGUUGAAGAGACGGGAAAAGAAGAAAACCAAGAAAAAGAUACUGUAUCUGCCGAAGAUGCUGAAGAAACCAAGUGUGAAGGAGACAUGAUUUCAGACAAAGCGAAAACUGAUAAACAAACUAAAGAUGAAGAUGAAACAUUUUCUGAAGAAUUGAAGGAAGGCAAGACCGAGGAACAAUCAAAAACUGAGAAAGUAACCAAAACUGAAGAAGAAAAAACUUCCAAUGAAGCGAAGGAAGAUAAGAAUUCUGAAAAAGAAAAAGACUCUGAGGAACAGAAGUCUACGGAAAAAGACAACGCUGAGGGGGAUAAGGGUGCGGAAGACACCAAGAUGGAAGUUGAUACAGCUACCGAAGACCAAACGGACAAAAGCAGCAACACCAAGACUGAAACAGGUGAAAGCGCUGAAGAACCAAUGGAAGUUGACGGAGAGGAGCCAGAAGCUAAAAAAGCAAAGGUGGAAGGCGAAGAUGUCAAGACCGAGGAACCACUAGCUCUUGAUCACGCCGCUACUCUUGUCAAAAAAGAAGUUUCGGCUGCCAUCAAAGUCUACCAGAAGUACUUCGACGAUAUGAAACUUGAUCAAAAAGUCACUCAGCCAAACAUCUCGAACUACAUCCGUGGUGUCAUCCUAAAACGAUUAAACUCCAAUACUGUUCACAUUGACGGAUACCUCGCAAGAAUCGAAAAGGCAAGAACGAGAGAAGAGUUCCAGACUCUGUAUGAUGAAAUUACUCUCUUGAUCAAGAAGGCUCGUCAGUCUCAAGAAAUCAACGAUUUGCUGGGACCUCUCUACUAA